AUGGCAGUCCAGGUCACUACGCUGCAUACACUGCAAUGCGCCAGCAACACAGUAUCUUCCAUUGAAUCGCCAUUCCAUCUUGGUCCACUCGAUCAACUUGUCUAUGCUUUUGUCCCGAUCGAAUGUGUGUUUGUCUACAGAAAGCCUGCAUCCCACGAUGACUUUAUUCCUAUCCGUCGUCUGCAGCAAGCACUCUCCUAUCUCCUCGACUACUAUCCCCAUCUGACAGACCGUCUGCAAUUCAACCCAGACAGCAAAGCCCCUGAGAUCACUCAACUAGGAACAGGCGCAGAACUCCUAGAAGCAAGCUGCACCACCAGGCUGGACGAUAUAACCUCAUCAUCUGGCCGUAUUCUGAUGCACAGUCUGCCUGAUUCGGGCAAUGCUCUGACACCCCCGUUUCAUCCAACUCUCGAAGGUGUCUGUCGUGAUCCCAUCUUUGCUAUCCAGCAUACUCGGUUUGCCUGUGGUGGCGUUGCUCUGGGGAUCCGGCUGCACCAUAUUGUCUGCGAUGCUCACGGAUUCUUUCUGCUGUCUCGCCAUCUGGCUGAGAUAUACAGGGCGUUGCGUGAUUCAUCGUCACCAACUGUGACUUGUCCUCCAGUGAUUCAUUCAUAUCUAUCUGGUCCAAACGCCUUGUCGUCUGAAGAAGAAAAGGAAGCACUCGAAUACCAAGCACGACUGUCCCUCCUUUCCUACCAAGGAAUCCCACCCUCAGAAGCAGCCUCCCAACUAUCCAGCGGUUUCUGGGCUUCAAUCGACGUUCGCGGAUCGUCUCGUCUCGGCCUCCCAGACGAAUACUUUCCUAACGCUGUGUAUCCGCCGUAUGCAUACUCCUCCCACGAACUCCUCGCGGAAAGACCCCUUUGGGAGGUAACACGAUUCCUGCACAAUCUCAUCCGCUCCGUGCGACCAUCAUGCAUCGAGCAAGAGAUGAAAUGGGUCGCAGCACAGCCGGAUAAAAGUCGGAUUCGGGUGAAUUACAGCUUUGCGAAUGGCAGUUUUACAGUCAGCCAGUGGUCGAAACAUGAGAUGUAUGCUGGUGUGGAUUAUGAGGUUGAUGGUGAGCCUGGUCAGCCUGUCUGUCCUAUUCUUGUUUCGCCGCCAUUCACGCAUGAUGUCGACUGA